GAAUAGUAUAAUCUCGUCAGUUCCUUGGAGUUGUGCAUUUGUUUGUAAUCAUGGCUGCUGGAUGUUGUGGGGGGAAGAAAGAGAAAACAAAUUAUCACUUCCAUCCCUGUUGUAAUGGCACGGUAGUUCAUCCUUACACUUGCCAACCAAGUAUAUAUCGAAAUGGAAUGGUUGUUUGUGUUGAAAUGUGCUUCUUUUGCUUCGAUGUUUUGUACUGCCAUUUAAACCAAUAUGAGUCGCCCAAAACUCCUAAUUUUCCCAAUGAAAGCUAUCCGCUGUUUGUGACAUGGAAAAUCGGAAAGGACCGGAAACUUCGUGGUUGUAUUGGUACCUUCAACUCUAUGAACCUUGCUUCUGGAUUAAGAGAGUAUGCUGUUACUAGUGCUUUUCGUGACAGUCGAUUCAGCCCCAUUACCAGAGAAGAGUUCUCGAAGCUGCAUGUGUCUGUAUCCAUUUUGCGACAUUUUGAAGAUGGGCAAGAUUACUUAGACUGGCAGAUCGGCAUGCAUGGGAUACGCAUAGAGUUUAAUACUGAGAAAGGCUACAAACGUACUGCUACAUACCUUCCAGAAGUUGCACCAGAACAAGGAUGGGACCAUAUACAGACAAUUGAUUCUUUGCUCAGGAAAGGCGGCUACAAAGGUGUGAUAACCAAUGAUGUGAGAAAAUCUAUCCGUCUUACACGAUACCAAAGUGAGAAAAUAACUGUCAGCUACAACGAGUACAAGAACUCAUGGCGCUCUAGGUGCUGCUAGCAACAAGCUCACGCUAGCUCUCCAAUGCCAGCUAGCGUGAGCCAUCUCGGAACAUCCUUCCCUUGGACCACGCCACUCCUCCCAUUCAAUUGGGGACUGUGGUCCCCUUACUACGGGGUGGGACCUCCAGCACCAUACACGUCUGGCUUGGAAUAUCAUCCCUCCUUCGCCUCUGGCUCCUGGUGCUGGAAGCCUUAAAACAUCCAGCAGCGGUAUUAAGUUGUUGCUGACCCGUGCCUCAAGUUCCAUUGACAUAGUUUUUCAUUCUGAAGCAGCAGCGCACUGCCUAUUUCCCGAGCUUACAGUGAAACUUUGCAGUCUCGUAACUAACAUAAGGCUGUUGCCAGAUUCCACAGCUUAUGUUUUGAACAAUUCCAUUUUAGUUCCAACAGGAAUCAGUUUAAUAGUUCUAAUUUUUUUAAACUCUUUUUUUUCUUCUUCUUUUAAUAAAAUUAAGAAGAUCAUGCAGUUUAUUAAUUUUUAAUUUGAUAUAAAAGUCAAUUUAUUUAUUUUAGUUUCAUCUUUAUUUGGUAUUUAAAAUUUUGCAGUCUUGUAAACUAACAUAAGGCUGUUGCAAGAUUCCACAGCUUUUUUUAUUUGAACAAUUCCAUUUCGAAGUUUAAUAGUUAUUAUUAUUUCUUCAUUUAAUAAAUUGAAGUAGUUCACGCAGUUUAUUUAUUUAUAGUUAGAUUUAAAAGUAAAUUCAUUCUUUAUUUUAAUUUGUUCAUCAGCUAUUUUAUGUCUAUUCCAUUUUUAAUAUGUAAUAGAUCCAUUUUACACGGUGCUAGGCUCAAUAGGCAGCUUAUAUGUUAGUCACAAAAGUUAUAUUUAAAGUCUCUUGUGAGAUUUGAAACUAAUAUAGAACUUACAUUACUUACAUAGACCGAUAAAAAAAGUAAUUGAAUUUUUUAAAAGAAUAUUACUGCAAAUGUGUGAGCUGAACUUUCCUUUAAAUUAAAUUACAGGCUAGUCAAGAAAGUACAAAUUUAAGUAGUAUUAAUUUAAUAACACAAUUUCUUUUUAAUAUGACUCUUUUAUAAAAUCUAUUUUCUUUAACAUUUACUGCAAAUUUUUUUUUUUUACAAUUUAACUUUUUAAUUUGGUAUUUUGAAUAAAAUUAAACACUGAUGACUCUAGUUUCAUGAUAUUAUUGAACUAUUUUGUAAAACACAAUUUUUACUAUGUUUUAUGUUCUGUUUCUGUUUUUAAUAAUUGCUUACAAUUUGAAAUAAUGAAUCUUUUUAAUUUUGAUCACUUUCAUUUGGAAUGAAUUCAAAAUAUCUGUUAGAAAUUCAUAUUAUUCUUUCUUUUAAUGUAACUUGAAAUAUUUUAAAAAUAGACUACGUUUAAAUCAUUUCCAACUUUCUUAAUUGUGAACAUUGCAUUGCAGUUUAUUAUUAAAUAAAAAUAUACUUUUGUAAUAUGUUAGGAAUUUUGAUUAUUGCAAUGAAUAAGUUCAUAUCAAAUGAAAUACUGAUUGCUGCUCAUUAUAAGCAAAAUGUUAGUGUUUUUUUUUUUAAAAUUUAUUUUAUUUGUGAUGAAAUGUUGCUUUUAAUGCUAUUUGUUUUUCAGUGUUUAAACAUAUCAUAAUAUUAGCUUUGUUUGACUUUUCUCUGUCUGGGAGAAAUUAUUUCAAGUCAUGAAAAAUGUGUUUAUGACUAACUUGGCUUUUUAAAAUUAUAAGUAUAUUUCAGAUAAGUGAUUUUUUUUAAAUUCUAAAUUUUUGUCUUAUUCUUCUCCCAUUUUUAUAUGCCCUUAUAAGCAUAUAAUUGCUUAAAAGCAUAUAAUAUGCUUAUAAGCAUAUUAUAUGCAUCUUAUAAGCAUAUAAUUGCUUCUAACUUUUGUAUCAGUAAACUCUAUUCAGACCAGAGUUUUUGAUCCACUAUCAUUUAUUGCAUUGAAUAUUAAAAGAAUAAUUAUGAUAAUUAGUUUUCAUCUUGAAAUUCUAAUCAUUGUGGAUUUAUUCAUAAUAAUUUAAUUAAAGUAGUUAUGUUUUUGUAAUUUAAUUUUUGUCUAGUUUAUUCUGUUUGUAAUUAUCAAAAAAAUAUAAUUAUGGAAUGUGUUAUAAAUACGUUUUAGAACACCGAGAAACUGAGAAAACUGAUGGACUGUAGGGGAAACUUUAUGAACCCCUUUGAUAUCCUCUGUUAUGGUUAUUUUUAACAUUUCUUUUGGGCAAUUUUUUUUUAAAAAGCUAAAUCGCCAAGUUAGUUAUAAUAUAUUUCAUGCUUUGUUUCUAAUGUAGUUAAGUUACUUAUUUAAAUAUUAAGAAUGUAUUUAUUUAGUUUAAUGAUAGCAAUUAGCCUUAUAAUUGUUUGAUUUAAGGUAUAAUUCUAUAAAAUAAUUUGAAUAUCCUAAAUUCCUGUUCAUUUUUAAAAAUUAAUAAUAUGGAAAAAGAUGGCUUAAAUAUUCUGAACCUUAUGAUUGAUUGCAAAAUUAUUUAGAGUUAAUUUUUCUUUUUUUUCAUAAUUUUAAGUUUUUUAAUUCAACAUUAAGAAUCUCACAUUUCGUAAUUUUAAGUUAUGAAUCAACAUUUUCAUAAUUUUAAGUUUUUUAAUUCAAUGUUGCAAUUUCUGCUUUUGACACUUUUUGUGAUAUAUUCAUAUUUAAAUUUCAAAUUGCGGUUUUCCUCCACUUUAAAUUUUAGAGUUUAUUUUACUAUUUCAGAAAAAUUUGCAAAAUUAACUUUCUACAUAAUUUACAUUCUGCUAAUUUUUUCUGCUCGUAUACAAUCUAAACAUUUUUUAAUUAUUGUUAAAUGAUCAUUAACUUUUACUUCAAAUAAAUUAAUAUUUUUAAGAAAACUUUCCUCUGGGUAUAGUGUUUUUUUUUUAAAUCAAAAUUAUUAUCCAUAUUGGUCUUUCGCUCCACUAAUUAAUUCAAAAACAUGUCAAUUUAUCGGAGCUGUAUUUAUAACCAUAGUUGUAGUUAAUUUGAACUUUUUGCCUUUCCUAAAAAAAUAAAGAGGUUGAUAGUUAUUGUGUUUUUAAAAUUCAUCUAGUUUUUAUUUUAAAAUCACAAUUUCAUGUCAUUGUGCACUUAUUUAUGUUUGAUAAGUUUAUAAUUUUAAGAUUAUAGAAUUGCUCAUAAAAUACAAUUAUAAAAAUUAAAUUGGAGUUAAUGAGCAUUCAUUUUUGUUUGGUUAAUUUUAAAUUUAAACUUAUCAUUUAAGCUAUUUUAAUAAAGCAGUUUAUUAUAUUUCCCUCCAAUUUUUUUUAAUUAAGUAUGUGCAGCACCACUAAUUAAAUUUUCUUUAAAGAAUCUCAGAGCAUUGAUUUCCCUUAAAUUUUUUCCUGUAAAUGUUUGAUUAACAUGUGUUAUAACAACAUUAAUAAUUCAAAUUAAAUGUAGAGCGACUGAAGUGCACAUUUAACAUAUUUCUUUUUCCAAUUUUUGUAAACUCUCAAAAUAUAUCGAAACAAAAUAAAUUUGGAUAAAAUAAAUGACUAAUAAAAUUAAAUUUGAAUAGACUGAUAAAAUAUCAGUUAGUUAGGGGCUUCUUUUUCUACUUUGGAAGAAAAAAAUGAUUAAUCAAAUGAAAAUUUUUAAUAAAAGAUAUGUUUGAAGAUUUGACUUUAUUCAAAUAGCUUAUAUUUUCAUGCAGCCGCUAAUAUAAUUAAGUACUUUUACUUAGUCAAGUAAUGGAAUUAUUUUAUCAUAACACUGAAUUAUUAUAACACUGACUCAUAUUUUUGGUCAUUGUCAUUACUUAUAACCGAGCCAUCAGUCUUUCAACUUAGAAGAGUUGAGAUGUGGAUAUAGAAUUGCAUUAUAUAUUUGCAUUUUUAGAUACAGAUGUAUAAUAAUUUCUGAAUCACAAAUCAGUAUGCAUUAUAAAUGAAAUUUUGGUGGUUAGAAAUUGUUUCACAAUUUUAAACACUCACCAGUUCAAAUUAUGCAAAAAAAAAACUCUGUGCAAUAUUAGUAUAAGAUAAUUACUGUUAUAAGGAUAUCACUGAUAUUUAGUAUAAUAUAAUUGAUAUUUAUUAUUUUUUAAAAAAUAGUUAUAAAUUUCUCAUGUUACUCUAUAAAAAUAUCACAUUAAUUUUUAGAGAUGCUAUUUUCUAUUGACUAAAUAAUGAAAAUAUACAUUAAAAUAUAUUAAAUUUUUUGAAAUUUUUAUGUAAAGAGUUUUCCAUUUAAUAGUUUUUCAUUGAUAGGUUUUGCCUAUUCGGAGAAUAAAUUAUUUCAAAGCCAUUUGUUGUAUUUUUUGUUACAUUAUAUGUGUAUAAUGUAUAAAAUUUCACAAUAUGUUGUAAUUUGUAAGUUGCUUUUUCUUUACAUUUCUUUCAUUAUUACUGUUUAUUUUGAUCAUGAGUAAUAAUCAAUUAAAUUAAAAAAAUUUCUUAUAUUUUUAUUGCUAUUAUUCCAGGGUCUUUUAAAGAUUGCAUAAGCAUGUCUUUGGAACUUUUUAUUUCCUCUUAUCAGGAAAAAUAAGCAAAUUCAAUUGAUUUAUUAACAAAGGAGAAAAUCAAAAUCAUUUUUAGUUGAAUUGGUAUAGAGAUUUUGGUUUUCAUUAUUUGUUGAAUUUUUCUUACCAAAUCAAUUACUACUAAUAUUCCCCCCCUCCAUAUCAUAAAAUAUUUAUUUAUGCAGAAACUUAAAGUAGAGAUUUACAUUAUUUUAAAUUAGGGGCCCAUGUUUAGCCAAAAAGAAUAUCUUGAAAGUAGGAAAUUCUGGGUAUAAAGGACCCAUACUUUCUUAAGCCUAGUAGAAUCAUUGAUAUAUGUAUUAUUAAUUGGUGAUUUCUAGACGAGGAUAUUUUAAUGUUAUGAAAAACAGUUUCUAAUUUUUUUUUUACUAUAUUUAUUUGGAUGAAACUUUAGUUUUUAUUGUUUUUUUUUUGAAGGGCCAAAGUUUGAUUGUGUAGAGAGUGUUAUAUUUGAAGAAUCAUUAGCAACAUCAUCGGUUUUUUACACUUUUUUAACCAGACUUCUCAUUCUUAUUUUGCUUAACAUUAAUCGAAGUAUAAAAGAGGAGGAGACUAAUCUAAAUUCUUUUUUUUUUUCCUUUAAAAAAGUAAAUAUGGUGAAAAACUGCGAAUUCUUUUCCCUAAUUAUUUUGAAACCUUACCUUAUUAACUUUCUUGCUAUACCUGUCUGUGAAAAAGUGAAAUCAUUAAAAGUCUUCCCUUCAGGUGCUUAUGCAAGUUUUAGAAUGUCCCUUUAUAUCAUAAUAUUAUAAUUAAAAAAUAUUACAUUUUUCGGAAAAAGUAACAGAAAUAUUUAACACAUAUGUUUAAACUUCAUUUAUUUAGUUUUGCAUCUAUCUCUUAUUGCAUAGGAUGUUAUGGUUGCCCGAUAAGUGUGUUUAAGACACAAAAGUUGAUUAUAUUAAUUGUUCUUUAUUAUCCACCAUAAUUGCAUUAAUAAUCUUGGUAUGAGGUGUCAGUUAAAAUGAAAUACAAAGGAGAAAUAAUUCGAAAAAAAAAAUAGUUAUGAGUGUGAUUGCUGACUGUCAAAGAACAAUGCAAGUACUCAUUAAAUAUCAAAUAUUGAUUUUAAAUUUCUAUUUUGACUAAGGAAUCAAUCCGCUUAAAUUUUAAUUAAAAGUAUUGUAGUGGUUUUUAAUUAAAUAUAAAGAAAUUCAUGCCUUCCAGAAAGCAAAGUAUUCUGGGUAAAUGUUUCUGGAUCUGCUUUAGAAAGGACAUUGUAAAUGGAAAAAAAGAAGGGUGUUUCAGUGGUGGUAAAUGUUUCUGGAUCGGCUUUAAAUGAAGAUCUUGCAAGUGAAAAAAAAAGAGGAAGUUUUAAAAUGCUACGAAAUCUUGUGGUGUUAGUCUACGUGUGAGGUAUUUUGAAUAAGACUAACAAAGCUGUUUGUUAACGAGAAAGAGAUAAACAGUAUCUCAAUCAGUUUUUCACUCUUAAUAGUUAUAUUCUGCCACUUUUAUUUUUAUCAGUUUUUUUUGUUGUAUUUUUUGUACAGUAGAGAACCGAUUAUCUAGCUGGAUGAGACUUAUCUGAAUGGGUUCUGAAUAUAGUUUUUCUAGUUUUCAGUAUCAGCAAAUUUUUUUUUCAUUUACUGAUCAAUCAAGAAUGAUAUUUCAUUCAAGAUAAUAUCUUUAUAUUAACAAGAAAAAUAGCUCUAAAUUGCAUUUUGUGAUAUUGAUCAUGCUAGAAGGAAUUAUUUAAAAUCUGAAAACAAUAGGCAAAGUAUACAGUUGUUGUAUUUUUCGAUUUUGCAUUGCUAUUCAAUUAUAAAUAUAUAAUCAAAGCAAAAAUAAUUAAGGAAUUGUUUGGUAAGAAAAUAGUAGUUUCUGCGAUAUAAUCGAUUAUGAAAAUUUCUUGAUCACAAAAAACAUUGGAUUUUAAGUAUAGGCCAUUCUGAAAGUAUUCCAAAAAUCAUUCUACGAUAAGUUAACCAUCAGGUUUUCUGGAUAAAAGGUUCUUUACUUUAAAAAAUACAUUGAAUUAACAUUUUUUCUCAAAUGUGAAGUGGCACUUUAAAUUUUUUUUGUGUUUAAAAUGUUUGAGUUAUUUCUCCUAAGAAAAUUAGGUGCAAUUCAAUUCAUUUUAGCUGUUUUCUUCCUUCUAACUUGUCGUGUGUGAUGAUAUACAUAAUAUUAAAAAGUUUCAUUUUAUAUAUACUUAUAUAUGUUUUGACUUUCAUUUAUUUUAUUUUGAAGUGUAUAACUGUUGUAAAAGUUAUACACAGUGUUAUAUAUAUAGUUAUACAUUUUACAAUGUUCUGUCUCAAAUAAUACUAAUUAAGGUGAAUAUUUCUAAGACUUAAUGAAUAUGGUUUGAGAAGAAUCCAAGAUUCAUGGAUUUUUUUCUCAGAGAUGUUGAGAAUGUUAAUGUUGUCACUAGGUUGUGACAAAAAAUUAUGUAUUUCAGAAAUUUCAUUUGGCUCUCUUGUAUUUCAGCUACUUUCAUGAUUUUAACGAAGAAUAAAUGUUAAAAAACGUUUUAUAUCUCUAAUUUACUAGAUAAACCUUAAAUGCCUCACUUUUCAUCUUUAUAAAGAAAUGAAAUUAUAAAUACAUUCAUCUUUAAUUACAUAUUUUAAUGAAAUGAAUUACAUUAUAGUUUUAAAAGAACAGAAAAAUUUUUAUGAAAAUUAAAAUGGUAAAGACUGAGUCAUAUUAUUUAUUUUAUAUUCAAAUUAUUUUAAAUUACUUAUUAAAAGUAACUAAAAUUAUUCCCUUGAAAGGAAUAUUAAUAAAGAUAUCUAUCCUAGGAAUAUUUGAUUGCAUCAAUUUCAGUUUAAAUAGUGAGUGAAAAAAAAUUAAUUAUGCCCAAACCACUGCCUCUAUCAAAACAUCAGUAAAUGGUUGCGUAUACACCCCCCCCCCAAUUUAAUGUUUUUUUUUCUUACUAAAAAGUUGAAAAUAUAUCAUAUCUAGUUUUUCUUUUUUUUUGAAAAUAAAAUCGGUUAAUAAUCUUAUUUUAACCCAGUCAGCGUUAUGAAGAAAGAAUGUCCAGUGACUUAAUCUAGUGUAAAGCAUCAGGACUGGAGAAUUUUUUUUACCCCUAAACUUGACUGAAAUGGUUAUGAAUGGACCUGCCCAGUGAUAGUUAGGAAGAAAAGAGUCAGUGCUCGAAUACUUUUGUUUCUUUGAAAAAAGGUAAAACUUUUAGUUCAUUUUCUAAAAGAGAGAUGCAAACGGACCUGUCCAGUCAUAGUUGGGAAGAAAAUAGUCAGUGCUUGAAUAUGUCAGUUUCUUCUUUGAAAAAGGGAAAACUUUUAGUUCAUUUUCUAAAAGAGAGAUGCAACACUGAAUCGUUUUUGAUAGACCUUCUUAAGUCAAUAACUCCGAAACUGUGGUAUUUUAAGGAGCCACUGCUCCAUAUCUUAAGCACAGUGACUUAUUACAUAUUAAAAAUUGCUAUUUUCUUAUUAUUUUGUUCUGUUCUAAUUAAGAUUUUGUUAAUAAAUCGUCGCCUAUUAAAGCUAGGGUACCAAUCGUUCAAGUUAUCGUUACAAAUCCUACGUCAUGAAAUAUUUUAUUCAUAUAAAUUAAAAUACAGGAUAAUACUCUUAAAACAGAAUUUGAUUAUUUUUGCUCUCUCUCGUAAAACUAAUCACAUUAAAAUUUGUUAAAUUUUUUUAAAACUUUUUUUUUAAACUUUUUUUUUUUGAGUUCGAAGACAUAUUUAAAAUUGUGAUUUGUAACAAACAUGUAGUUAAAGGAAAAGGUAUUCAGACGAACACAGAAAAGGUACUAAAAGAUUUUCUUUAGUGUUUUUAAAAGAAAAAAAAAAUUGUCAGAAAGAGGCAUUUAAGGGUUUAUAACUAACAAGAUUUAUUUUUUAACUUUAUAUUUUUUUUCCUAGAAUGCUUUUACUUUUUGAUCUCAUAAAUUCAUUAAUUGUUUUAUAAGCAUCAUUUAAAUUUUUCCAUUGAACAGUUGCUGUUAUUUUUAACACAUAUGUCAGUUGUGAUAAUCAUUUACAAAUUGACAGAAGUUCUAAUGCUAAAAGAGAUUGAUGUUGAAAUUUUAAUGAACUGUAAAGACUUGAUUUUGUAAAUACACAUGAAAAAGCUGUUGUUUGAUAGUGUUUAGAAAAAAGAAAACUUGGAGUAAUCUUAAAAAAAAAAGGAAAAAAAAAGAAGAUAUAUUAUGCUAGUUGUUUGUUGCAACCUUUUAUUAUGUGUACUGUUUUGCAGUCAAAAUGCUGCAAUGUAAUCCUAUAUUAAACUUAGAUAUUUCAUGUAGUGUUUGCAACUUUAUGUUUAUCACAAAAUGGCGAACAAAUUUGUGAUUCCAAGGCGUUACAGUUUUUGCAAUUUGCAAUUUUAAAUGAAAUCUUCCAAGUUUAUUUGCCUGAGUUGUUAGUUCAUGUAAUAUUUCUUUAGAGUGAUUAAUAGAAAUAAUUUUGUAAUGCUUAGUUGUAUUUUUUCCUAUUUUAUCCAAUUAUUAUUUAAUUGACUUCAUGUUUUUUCUUUAAAAAACAAGUAGGAAAUUUUGCUAGUGUUUUGUUGAAUGCUGAUGUUUUAAAUUUAGAUGUGAUAUUAUGUGCAAUUGUGUAAUGUUUAUAAUGUUAUUUGAAAGUAUGUAUUUUACGAUACACUUGCUUUUGUAAGUUUUUAUGCUUUUCCACUUCGUAGAUUUGUGGGCUAAUAUUUUAUCACAAAUUUUUGCUUUAAAUUUUGAUAUCAGAUAUUAUUAUACAAUUAAAAUUAAAUUGGCAGUAUUUAGAGAUUAGUGGUUUUAUUUUCCUGAGCCAAUCUGGUUGAAAAUUCAAAAUAUUUGUAGAUCAUACAGCUGAGGUUUUCACUGGAGAAAAAAAAAAAUUGAAAUUAUGCCAAUAGAUGGUGCUGUCACAAAAUUAUAAGAAAGAUAACUGAAUAUUUUAUUUAUUUACACAUCUGUGCACUCUAUGUGCAAUAGUGUACCUGUGGAUGUAUCCUUUAGCGGUAGACGUCAUCUAUUGGUAAAAUUUUAAAAGAUUUUUUCCAAAUGGUAUGGUUGGUUGAUUCUAAUGCCACUUGCCACACGGGCAAGCCUGCUUGGUGAAACCGAGCAAAUUUAAGGCAAAGUGUGGUAUUCUUGUUUUUCAGUCGCACCAUCUAUGGCCAAGAAUUCGACUUCGCCGCACCGUACGUCACACCUGUUUAUAAGGCGGACUCCGAAUGGUAUAAUUUUGACUACAUGGUAACAUUUCAUAGAUUUGAAGUUUUAUUCGAAUCACUUCAAUAGAGCUGGAGCUACGAGCCUCUAAAUACCGCCAGUUUAAUUUUAAUAACACUCCAAAGGAAUAAUAAAAAAAAAGAAAACAAUAUUUAUUUAAGAAUUUUUAAAUUUGUUUUUUUAAUAAAGAUACGCUGUUAUUAUUAUAACAAGGGCUGGUAUAUAAAAUUAUAUUAUGUAAUGUGAUAUAAAUUUUGUUUUAUUUGAAGAAUAUAUUGUUUAAAAAAAUUGCUAUCUAAUGCCAUUGUCCAAUCGUUAAAUAAUUUUAUUUGAAUUAGUUCAUCUGUACAAAUUUCUUCGACUAAAACAUAACUGUUUCAGGUGAUAGAAUUUGUUCAGAACAGUGUAUAAUUAAGUGUAGUAUAUAAUAACUAUAACCAUUUAUAAUUAAAAGAAUUUUCAUCUACUCUAAAUGAGGGGCUUGGUAAUAAAUUGGUUUUUGAGUCCUUUCUUAUAUAUAGGUGGUAAAAAGUGUGGGGGAAAAAAAACUAGGCAAACUUACUGGCUUUUUAAAUUUAUUGCUCAACAGCAAGUUUUGAAUCUGAUUUUCUUUGUAUGCUAAGAAUAUUAAUUAUGAGUUGGAAGGGCAUAUGCUCUUCCAACUUAUAAUUAAUAUUCUAUGCUGACACUUAAAUAAAUUUCUUGGACUCAAAAGUAUCUAAUAUGUAUAACAUCUUUUUUGAAUUUGUAGGCUUGUUAAAUUAAAUACAUAGCUUUCGUUUUGUUAUAAGCUUCUAUAUUCCAUUACCUUAAAAGCUAUUUUUUCCAAAACUGACAAAAAAAGAAAAAUCUUUGCCAACAUAAUAUCUCAGCGAGUGUUACAUUAAUGGCAUAAAUAGCUGCUAUUAAUAAUAAUUUGUAAGUUAAGUUAAUAACCAUUUUAGUAUAAAAACGUCAGUUUGGGUUUUAAAUUAAGUCUUAGAUUUGUAACUAAAGCACUCUACUAUUAAUGUCAUGAAUGGGGUUUUUGUAUUUACCUCAGUGUGUUCUUAUAAAGAAAUUUAAUAGAUUUUUCAUAAAGUAUUUUUGCAUUGUUAACAAUCAUCUUUUAGAUUAGUCUUAAUUAUGAUUGACUCAAAGUGUUGACUAAAUAGUAAGUUACACAAGUUUACAGGCUUUACAUUUUAGCACACUGAGCAAAAAAUAAAAAGAUAUCUCUCUAAAUAACUUUUGAUUUAAUGAUCAUGUUUUCAUACAUUAAAUGUCGAAAUUUAUUGUUCAAAAAAGUUUAUAUACUAAUUAAUUGCUCUUAGCUAUUAAUUAAGUUAAAUUGGACAAAAAACGUUCUUUCUCUCAAUAAACAUAUUCUUUUUCGCAGAUUUGGAUUUUUGGCAGUUAAAAUAUGGGGGGUGGGGGGUAGUUACAAUCUGGAAAAUCUCAAAAUUAGUCUGGAGAGGGAGCGGGGCGGGGACCUUCACUGUUUAUUUAACUUUUUUACGUAUUUCACCAUAUCACUGGAAUUUUUUAAACUAAUUAAAAACCUUUUUCUCGUGAUUUUGUUACUCCUUUAUCCAAAAAUAAUUCCAUGCAAAAAAAAAAUAAAUAAAUUAUAUUGUUUGCCGUUUUUACGGUAUGUUAUUUUAUUUAACAAUGAUUGAAAAAAAUUUGAAUAGAUAAAUAUUUGCAUCAUUUUAAACUAUGUAAUUUUAAAUGACAAAAUUGGAAUGAAAUCGGCCAAAUAUUUUCUGAGUUUUAAAAUUUAUAAAAAAAAAAAAAGUUACAUUUUGAGAUUAUAGUUCUUGCAAAAUGAAAUUAAUUUUAUUAGAGCUAACAAUAGGGUUGUACCUAUUCUUUCUGUAUAGGUUUGAAAUUUUAAAACAAUGAAUAACUACAAUUGAUUAUUUAGCCUUAACUAUAAUUAUUGUAAUAUUUAUGUGAUUUAUACUGAUUGUUUUUACUUAAUUAUUUUGUUGUAAUAUUUUUUUUCGAAAUUAAACAGUCGAUAAAUAUUUAGUACUCAUAAAAUGCUAAUAAAGGAAUGAUUCAUUAGUUUCGCUUUGACCGUCAACACAAUUAUUUUUGUUAAUAUUGUCGAACGCUUUCUUUUAUGUCUCUUUUUUUUAGAAUAAACUAUUAAUAAAAAGUAGCAAGUUCUCCUAUGCAUAAUUUCUAAUUGUUCUUUGGCUAAUUUUUUAAUAGAACAAAUUUUGAAUGGUGGCAAAAUACUGCAUAGGAUCACAGUGUAUUUUAUUCUAAUUUCACAAGAAAUUAGAAUAAUGUGUAACAAGUUUUCAUUUAGAAUUAAACUUGGAAGAAAAACCUAUUAUUUUGUUGUUUCAUAAUAUUAGUGUACAAAGAAAAAAGAAAUACAUUUUAUGAUGCACAAUGUUUGUUUAUAAUUGUAUAAGGAAAGUCAACAAGUCUAGAGUCUCAUUUCCGUCUUCACAAUCGAAGUUAAAUGGCGAGUAUUUAGAUGUGCUUGUAAACUACUCAUUCAAUGAUUUUUCAGAAAGAUAUCUGUAUGUGGUGAUCAAUAUUCAGAAUAUUGUACUUAAAUGGUUUGGGUUUUCGCUGUGGUAUACUUUUUACUGUGCCUUAGUGGAGUUUUUAAUUUAACUGUAAUUUGUUUGAUAAUAAAGACAGAAGUGUAAAAUUUACAGUGAUUAUACAAAAAUAAAUUUGGUUCUUUGUACA